AUGGAAACCUACUCCAAGGGCGUUUACAACAGAAGAAUCCCAUACAAACCCGGGUCUUCCAGUUUGGCCAGCGCUCUGCGAGGUGUCCGCAGAGACAUAUUCCCCAGAAAGAAAGGCAACCGGCCAUAUGUCCCCGACGUAGCCCUUGUGCUUGCUGGCAGUGUUUCGGAUACAAAGGCAAAGUGGGUCGUACCAUCCUCCAAGUUCUGUCAAACGCCAAGGGUACGAUCGUUUGUUGAGAGCACUAGUGAAGUUUUUCCGCCCUCAACCCCACCUGUGGUAACCACUUCAUCUUUCCCAACAGAGAAGCCAGUCAUCACCCUGGUUGAACAGAAUGUGACAAGACCUGGACCGUCUGGGAGAGACCAACCAACCGCCACUACGUCGUCGACAGCGAGAACAUCGGGUGCACGAGGCACUCCCUCCGCCAUCCCUGUCACUCAGGCUCCAGUACCUGUUGCUCCUCGUAAGUACUACAACCUUGGCAUAAACAACUGCUCCGCAUCAAGCGACAAGAUUGACGUCAUUUUCAUUUUCGACACAUCACGUAACUUUAAGACGAAUCAAUUCCGAAGGCUUCUGGAUUUCGUUGCAAGCCUGGUAGAUUCCAUGGACAUUAACAGCGGUGACAUUCGGGUGGGUGUUGUCACGUUUACAACCGAAGCAGUGGUUGAGUUUAACUUGAACAGAUUCCAAACAAGCCAGGAGAUUUCGCAGGCUAUUAAAAGCAUCAACAUCAACGGUAGACGAAGAGGGGAAGAUUCGGCGCUGGACUUACUCCGGACGACGUUGUUUACCGUCAAGAACGGCGACCGUACCGGGGCCAAAAAUAUUGCCGUCCUCGUAACUGACGGAAACUCCGUUGUGCGUAAUUUCAGAACAGUCAACGAGGCGUACAUCGCCAGACAGCAGGGCACUACCAUCUAUGCCAUUGGUAUAGGUCUGAAGGGAACAUUUGAACUCGACGCCAUCGUAAGCCGGCCGAUUGUCGAGUACAGAUUUGUAUUGAAGGAUGUCAACCGGCUGGAAGAUAUCAAGUCGAAGCUGUUGGUGUCCUUGACAUGUGAACCAGUUACCCAGAGAACUUCACCACCAACCACAGAAAGCUCUCCACUAACCACUAAACCGAGCAGAACUCCAGCUGAGACGUUCACCAGAAAGACUGUCCUAAGCGCCACAGAGACAACACUGCAAGUGACAGAGGAAGAAACGUCACAGAUAGUUGACGUGAGUGAUAAAACCGAUCGUCAGACAUCUGCCUUUUCACCCCGACCAGAGACACUUAAACCUGACGCUCCUCUACCCAGUGUUACCGGCGAAGACAUCACGAAGCUGAGAGUUUCUACCGUUAGCGAAACGACUUCAAGAAAUGUGUGGAGACCCCAGACUGCUCCAGAUAGUGCAGCCAGAAAAAUAGAAUCUACCAAGUCACCUGAGAGUACCACUGAAGCUCUAUGGGCUGUGUCAACUGGCAAAGAUCAAACUGUGACGAGAAGAAGAACAGAUGCAGCUGAGAAACCAACAACAACACGAUUGGAAAUAACCGAUAAAGAAGAGUCCCGUAAGACAGCUAAAUUUCCAGCCAGGACAAAAUUACCACAUGAAGUGACAGAUCAUCCAUACGAAGUUACCGAAGAGGAAAGGAAAGAAGGUGAAGUUAUUACAGAUAUCCCAAGAAGAAUCACGGACAGGCCGAAAGAAGUAGAAGGUGCACCCAAGAGGUCAAGUGUGAAACCUGAGAAGUUAUCUCCAGUUGUUGAGAGAAUCACAGGACGAGGUCCAACCGAAGCCUAUAGAAAGAUGACCGAAGAAGGAGAAGCGGUUACUGAUGUGAGUGAGGAACUAACGGGGACCACUGGAAGAACAGCAAUUCCGGUGGAAAAGCGAGUUACGGAGGUUCCAGAGAUAGUUACACGCGAACCUGGAAGAACGACUGAAAUAGACAGAACAGCAAUUCCGGUGGAAAAGCUAGUUACGGAGGCUCCAGAGAUAGUUACACGUGAACCUGGAAGAACGACUGAAAUAGAUAGAACAGCAAUUCCGGUGGAAAAGCGAGUUACUGAGGCUCCAGAGAUAGUUACACGCGGACCUAGGAGAACGACUGAAAUAGUCAGCACAUCAAGCCCAGUAGGAAAGAGAGUUACUCAACCUCCAGAUGUAAUUUCACGCGAACCAGGAAGAACGACUGAAAUAGAGAGAACAGCAGUUCCUGUGGGAAAGAGAGUUACUGAGGCUCCAGAGAUAGUUACACGCGAACCUGGAAGAACGACUGAAACAGACAGAACAGCAGUUCCGGUGGGAAAGAGAGUUACUGAGGCUCCGGAGAUGGUUACACGUGAACCUGGAAGAACGACUGAAAUAGACAGAACAGCAAUUCCGAGAGUUACAGAGGCUCCGGAGAUGGUUACACGUGAACCUGGAAGAACGACUGAAAUAGGCAGAACAGCAAUUCCGGUGGGAAAGAGAGUUACUCAGGCUCCAGAGAUAGUUACACGCGAACCUGGAAGAACGACUGAAAUAGACAGAACAGACAUUCCGGUGGGAAAGAGAGUUACAGAGGCUCCGGAGAUAGUUACACGCGAACCUGGAAGAACGACUGAAAUAGACAGAACUGGAACAUCCGCGACAACUCCCAAGAAAAUCACCGAUGAGUUUUGGAGAGUCACCAAAGCGCCUGAAGAGAUUAUUGAAGUGUCCGAGAAAGUCACUGUAUCACCUGACAAGGUCACAAAAGCACCGAAGAAAAUUACCCGCGCACCGGAAAAACCCGAGAUAGUCACGCGCGAAAUAGUCACUGUUGUUACGGAAAUGGAGAAGAAAACAACGGAAGAGAUAGAUGUGACUAAGAAGCCAGUGUCCAAAAAAGUCUCUGGCCGGAAAGAUCCCUGGAGGAUAGACGGUAUGUCCAAAGUUAGACCGAAGACAUCCGCUAUACCCGAGAUUACAAGACCAUCCACUCCAGCCCUGACCAGUACAGUGCCAAUUCCGAGUGCGAUACGAGACGUUGUAUUUCUGGUUGACUCUUCCAAUGCCGUAUCUAGGAGAGGUUUCAGGAAAUCCCUACAGUUUAUAAGAGACAUCGUUGGAGAGGUUGGAUUGAACAACACGAGAUUUGGCCUGGUUACUUACUCGUCCCAAGUCAAUACCCCCAUACACCUGGGCAAAUUUGAUGACAAAAAGAAACUGAUGAGAGCCAUAAGCAAAGUGCAAUAUACAGGUGGAGACAGUGACAUUGUGAAGGGUCUUAGAACCAUUAGACGAGAAAUGUUCUCAAGUGCUCGAGGUGACAGAGCCACUGCCCCUAACGCUCUGAUUCUACUCACCGGAAGCACAUCCACGGUUUCCCAGAAAUGGAUUUCCCCAGCUGCUAAAGGUCUACGCAGCUUAGGGAUCGCCAUAUACGGCGUUGGCGUAGGCCUAAAGGACAGACAGCAGCUGAAUAACAUCGUCACUCCCCCUGCUAACAAGUACCGAUUUACAGUUCGCAACUACAACAAUCUGAACAAAAUUCGCGAGCCUUUGAUGGCGGCAGCGUUUGGAGCCAAAGACCGCACCGAUACCACUUCAGCCACUCCUUCGUGUAAGUAA